AUGGGAAUGAAGUACGUAUUGCCUUUGCGACUAAUUGGUCUAGCGUACCUGUUGGUGCUAUUUCAGGUGCAUAGGGUAACUGGGUGGGAGUUGUCAUAUGAGCAGUACCAUGCAGCGCAUCUGAACGAAGCUAUCAACCCAGACAGCGGUUGGAACAAAAGUACCAAGAACCUGCUGUUGCCUUUUAACAGAACGCGCGUACCCGGAUCGGAAGGCUCGCGCGAGAUCCAGCGCUUCAUCAUCGAGCACUUCAACAAUACGCUGGCGGGAGAAUGGGCCGUUGAGACGCAAGCCUUUGAGGAGAACGGUUACCGCUUCAAUAACCUUGUUAUGACAUUACAAAACAAUGCGAGCGAGUACUUAGUGCUCGCUGCUCAUUAUGAUACCAAGAUAGCGCCCACGGGGAUGGUGGGCGCUAUCGACAGUGCCGCCUCGUGUGCCGCGCUGCUAUAUACGGCCCAGUUCCUAACGCACAUCGCGUGCCACGAGCGCACGAAAGAGUACAAUGACUUAGAGUCGAACACUGUAGUAUCGAAUUCUACCUUGGGUGUAAAGAUCGUAUUCUUUGAUGGAGAGGAGGCCAUUGAAGAGUGGGGCCCCGAGGACUCGAUUUAUGGAGCACGCCGAUUAGCCGCCCAAUGGCUUGCUGACGGCACGAUGACAAGAAUUCGCCUAUUAUUUCUUCUGGAUCUUUUAGGAAGUGGCGAAGAGGAGCCGCUAGUGCCCAGCUACUAUGCAGAGACACAUCAAGAAUAUCAGCUGCUCAAUCGAAUAGAGGAUGACUUGUUAUUUCGACGUGGAGAUGAAAUCAACGGCGAAUCGGCAUUAGCCGCCGAAGUCGCGCGUCAACGCAAACAUCUGGACCCCACGGACUAUCGAUUUUUAGGGCUCGGGCAUUCGGUCAUCGGAGACGACCACACGCCAUUCCUGGCCGCCGGAGUACCCGUAUUACAUGCAAUCCCGCUACCAUUCCCAAGUACAUGGCACACCGUGGAUGAUGACUUCCGGCACUUAGACGCCGCGGAGACUCGUCACUGGGCGCUGCUUGUGUGCGAAUUUGUAGUACAGUCACUACGCUCCCGUAACCAGUGA